AUGUUACCUCGGAACUGCAGUGGCCACCUGUACGACGUCCUGCAGGUCUCCCCGGACUGCUCGACGGGGGAGAUUUCACGCCGCUAUCGCGCGCUGGCCCUGCGGCUCCACCCUGACCGCACCGGCGGCCUCUCUGUUGAGGCCUUUCAGGAGAUCGAGGAGGCCCACCGCAUCCUGCACGACCCCGCCCAGCGCAGCCUCUACGACACCCUCGGCCGGGAGCAGAUGAAGCUCCUCGACGCGAGCGGGGUGUUCGCCUCCUUGGGGGUCCUCCGCGCGGCCCGGGGGGGGUUGACCCUCCUUGGCUUCAUCACGCUCAUGGGGCUGGCCGGGCUGAUCCUGGUGGGGCUUCGCGUGGAGUCGCGCUUAGACUGGGGAUGGGGACUCAUCAUGCUGCCGUUCUGGAUGAUCGCCCCGAUUUUUGUGGGGAUCGGCAUCAUCGCCCUCAUCGUGGCCGCGCGGAUGCGGACGGUGAUUCUCACUUUCAUAGGUCUACAGAUGCUGAUGAUCGUGGCGGCCGCGAUCAUCACCACGCUCGCGUUGUCCGGGCUCAUCCAGCCUCCCUCUCGCGCGUUUAUUCCGUGGGCGAUAUGGUACGCGUUGUUAGCGGCGCGGUCCAUCUACUUUUUGAUCCCCUCCGUGUACGCGAAAAAUCGAAAACGAAUGAGCGCCAUGUUGAACGACUCCAUCCCACCCUCGAUGCGGUCUUCGUCAGAGUGGUCGUGGAAGGAUUACGUCAUGGAAGCGGCACACGAGGUGUGUGAGAUUUUCUGUGUGAUUGUGUUUAUCUGCCUGGCGUACAAACGAACCGCGCAGGGAUCGCUGGACCACCGCUCGGCCCAAUCGACGAAUAGGAAUGAAGGAGAGAUACUCUCCUUUUGGGUCGUCUUCGCACCGCUGAUCAUCUAUUUUGGCAUCUGGGUGACCGUGCAGGCGGUUUACACCUGCCUAUGUCCGUACUCGGAUGGAGACAAACCCCAAGGAAAUUCCCCGGAUGAGCCCUAUUCCGCGUUAGGGGAAACUGAGAGAAAUAGACAAACGGCAGAAGCCAAACGGCGGCCAUCGUGCGGAAUGCGCCUCUUGAAUGUCAUCCUCGCCGUAGUUUGGCCAGCUUCCGGGCUUUACAUGGUGUGUAUGUGGGCCGCAAAGCUGGAGUGGGAAUAUAAUCUCCAGAUCUCGGGAAACGCCUUACACCCAACUUUUUUCGUCGCAUGCAUCCCACUCCUCGCAGGGUUGACAUUCCUUACGUUAACCUCGUUCUGCAUGUGCUGUGGUUUGGGGUUUGUUUUGGAUGAAUCCACUGAAGCAGAAGGUGUUAUUCCUGAACAACGACCAGUCCCUCCCGCGGGAGGUGAUGAAAGAGUCAAUACCCAAGCUUUUGGCUGUAAGCCAUCCAAUCCAGUUUUUUGCUAUCAGAGUGUAGAUCAACGUGAUGAUGCAGAUCAGGCGGCUUUAGACUCUCAUGCCCCCAACGCAAGCGGCAAGAAUACUAAAACUCUGGAAGAUAUUGAUUAA